UCGACGGCUUUUACCAUUCUCUCUUAUCUGUCUGACUAUCGGCGCCUUGUCAAACAUUUCGACGUCCUCUGGUCAGUGGUCAGCUCGAUUUCGGCUCCCCAAAUGCCUAGUUAGCUCUUCCUCAGCGUGUUAAUCUACGAGUUCUCUCGGUAAACGGACGGAAAAGGAAAUCGCAGACCGUUCAGGAAAGCAGCUUCCGGUGCUCUCUAGCUCCUACAAGUGUUAUAGAACCAGAACAUUUGUGUUGGAUUUUUGAUGGAAUUAGUGAUCCAUGCAUCACCUACCUCGUUUUUUCGCUCAUAGCAAUAGAAGCGGCGCGUCAGACUCCAAGAAAAAGCUGAGACCGAAGCUUGAGCGUCGUAAUGCAGUGAAGAACAUAAAGUACGAUGCCGCGUCAUUGUCCUCAUCGCUGGAUGAUUCUUCCUAUUCUUCGUCUCUGCAAACGCGAUCGCUUGAGCUAUACGAGGGGAAGAGUUUCCGUGUGGAGGGAGAGGAGGGCGAGAUCGAUCGGAUUUUCCGGAGCCUAGGGCUGUCCGGGCCCGAGGAUCUUGGGAUUUCCACGGCGGCUUGGGAGGCCAGCAAGAUCCGGUCCUCCUCGGCUGUCUUGCCCAGGUCCAAAUAUCGUUGGUCAGAUAGUACGAGAACAGAGGAUGUAAAGCAGAAUGAGGAGGAACACGUCCAGGUGUCGGAUAGGGAGUUAUGCGAUAGGGUCUCCGCUUGUAUUAGAAUUAGAGAUGGCGAUGGUAAUGAGUUGGAUAGGGCAGAGUCAAUUGUGUCUAAUGCAUAUCAUGACAUUGGUGUUGUUAGCCGUGGCGCUGUUGUAGGAAUUAAGGGGGUGAGACCCCCGCUGCUCAAGCCACCGCCAUCAAUGAGGCUACCUGUCAUUGACAAUGCACGUUCAACAUGGGAUAUAUUCAGGGAUUUUGCGCCUGAAAAUGAUAGAGCGUCUUUGGUGAUAGUGGAUAGAGAGUUUAAUUCUUCAGUGUUGGACAGGGAACAAAAGCAAAGAGAAGCUAACUUAGUAGCUGACAAGAUAGAGGAGGAGGAGGAGGAGGAGGAGGAGGAGAGUAUGUUGAGGGCGGAUGUGACAGCGUUGCUGUCUGAGUCGUGUUCAUUUAGUACCUCGAAUGAUGAUGAUUCUUCUAGCACUACCACAGAGCAAUUGUCCAAUAUUUCACCAAAUGGGAGACUUAUGCGUACCAUUACAUCAUGGGAGAAGGGUAAUCUUCUGGGACGAGGUUCAUAUGGAUCAGUGUAUGAAGGACUUUCUAACGAUGGAUUCUUUUUUGCUGUGAAGGAAGUUUCGUUGCUUGAUCAAGGUAGUCAGGGAAAGCAAAGUGUUUACCAACUCGAACAGGAGAUCGCUCUUUUGAGUCAGUUCGAACAUGAAAACAUAGUCCAGUAUUAUGGCACAGAUAAGGAUGAUUCAACCUUGUACAUCUUUCUUGAGCUUGUAACAAAAGGCUCUCUAUUAAAUCUCUAUCAGAGGUAUCAUCUCAUGGAUUCCCAAGUAUCUGCAUAUACAAGGCAGAUUCUUCAUGGUUUGAAGUAUCUGCAUGACAGAAAUGUGGUCCACAGGGACAUCAAAUGUGCAAAUAUAUUGGUUGAUGCAAAUGGAUCCGUGAAGCUAGCAGAUUUUGGAUUAGCUAAGGCAACCAAAUUGAAUGACGUUAAAUCAUGCAAAGGGACUGCAUUCUGGAUGGCCCCUGAGGUUGUCAACCGGAAGAACCAAGGUUAUGGACUUCCAGCUGAUAUAUGGAGCCUUGGCUGCACUGUGUUGGAGAUGUUAACUCAUAAGAUUCCAUACUCUCAUCUGGAAAGUAUGCAAGCAUUGUUUAGGAUUGGAAAGGGUGAACCACCUCCGGUUCCUGAUUCUCUCUCAGGGGAUGCACGGGAUUUCAUCCUGCAGUGCCUACAAGCUAAGCCCAAUCAUCGCCCUACUGCUGCUCAACUGUUAGAACAUCCGUUUGUUAAGAUGCCACUGCCCUCUUAUAUAGGCUCUCCUUAUAUUGGCAGACGUUCUUGAAAGUUCUACCCCAUCUUUAAUUGAGACAUUGUGGUAGAAAUCAUCACAAACUGCCUUAUCUUACAAUUCUGGCAGUUCUCGCCCUCCAUUAGCUAUUCAAAUCGAAACCAAUGAGCUGAAGAGUAUAUAAGCUUCAUUUGCAAGUCAGGUAUAUACUAUUGGAGUUUGAAAAUUAAGAUCCACCACAAGAAGUUUUGUUGUUUUCGGGGGAUGUCACAUGAGAUCCUGAAGAUAUCUCAAGUCCAAUGCAGCCAUGGCCUUUGUGACGUUAGGCCUGUUUUCCAUGUGCGAAGACAGAAUUAGGUCAUACCGCUAUUCAUUAUCAUCGGAGUUGCUUAUCAAGAAAGUUGUGAAAAGCUCCUGACAUCAUUUCUUAUCCAUUGGACCUCUUUUGUCUUGCUGCCUCACAGAUUGAUAAUGAUAUUUCCACUGGUGGUACUUUCCCUCUCUUACGCAGCUGUUUUAACAAUGAAGAAGCAUGCAGGACAAGUUAUCAUGCUCCACUCUCAAAGCUGGGCGACUUGCUUUUGUUACUGUGCCAAUGACAUCAAGUUUUGCUCUAGGCAUACUCAAGAGCUGCACUCUGCUUUGACAUUUGUUUUGAGAUACUGCCUGGGAUCUAACAAUGGCGGUUCAUUGCAUUAGCUUGCAGCAUUUUUUGGUGAGUAGCUUUGGAUCCGCUCUACAGCACAAACUGCUCUUAAAUUAUUGCUUGGGCAAUUGUAUGUUGUUGAAUUGAAUUGUGUCUUGGCUUAAGGGUUGGUGUUCAGCAAUGUAAGUCCAUUCCUUAAUGUUCUUCCUGUAUUAUAAGAGCAAGGUGUCAAAGCAAUUUAAUUACCAUUUAAUUGUACAAUAGCAUACCUUGUUGUUACCUCAUUACGAUGUAAAUAGUCUUUUACUUUGUUUUUGUA